CACAAACAGCAGUAACCCUGGGAAAUCCAGCGCUGUGUCUGUCCUGCAGAAUUAACCCUCGGGGUGUGAAUGUUCGGCCCGUGUUCCGGAUCUCCCCCGCCGUGGUAGUCAGACCCGCGGCGCUCAUUGUAAACCAUGAAGCAGCGGCUGCAGAGCGCCUGGGCCGGCACCUCUAGUACCUCCCGGCUGGCCCGGCCCCGCCAUGCUGGCACCGGAGAGGGGGCCCCGGACUGCCAGCCACCGCCCAGCACGUCCGAGAGCGGGGAGACGAGCCUGGAGAUACCCGCCUUACUGGUGGAGGAUGGCAUGUGUGUGACCGUGCUGGAGCCUGGCCAGAAAUUAACCUUCUAUGGAAAAUGCCGCCUAACUUGCCUGUAUGGCAGUGUGCAAGUUUUGGGCUUUACUGUCACCCGUAACCAAUCGAAUUGUGAACUUUUAUCACCACAUACUCUUUCACCAUUGUCAAUUGAAGGACUAAUGAAUAAGAAAUCAUCAAAAACUCGAAAAGAGAUCCGUAUGGAGGCCAGGGCAUCAAUGCGAGGAUGUCUUUCUCUCGAUUGCAGACGUGCUGUAAUGAAGAGCUUUAAAUCAUCAUCCUCAAUUUUGCUUCUGGAACGUAUAGAAAAUUCAGCAACAAAUUUUAUCCUGUCUCACCCAGAUUAUGCAAAUUUAUUCUCUACUAAACCGAAAGAAAAAGUAUCUUCCUCCUUUGACAAUGCGGUUUUACACUCUAUUGGAAUUGAAAAUCAAGAUCCAGAUACAGGCAUUAAUGUGUCUGACCAGUGGAAAUCUUCACUACAGCAGUUAACUCAUGCUUGCAUUGAAGAAGACCAUGGCUGCCCAAUCAUCCUUGUAUGUGGGCCCAAAAAUGUUGGAAAAUCAACCUUUAAUAGAUAUUUAAUCAACCAAUUAUUAAACCACAUACCCAGUGUUGGCUAUCUUGAUUGUGACUUGGGACAAACUGAAUUCACUCCUCCAGGAUGUGUGUCUUUGAUGAACAUAACCAAACCGGUUUUUGGUCCUCCAUUCAGUCACCAGCGUGAUGCACAGAAAAUGGUUUACUUUGGGGAAACUACUUGUGAACAAGAAAUGGAGCGAUUUGUCGAAUCAGUGAAAUAUGUUCUUGCUUCUUACAAACGAGAACAGCCCUUGAUCAUCAAUACUAUGGGAUGGGUAAAAGGUUUUGGAUUGCUUCUCCUCAUUGACUUAAUUCGACUUCUGUCUCCCAGUCACAUUGUCCAAAUUGUUGCUAAGGGCAGUGAUGACAUGGAGCCCCUGACACAGAAUUAUGUUCAGAACUCUCCAGGGUUCCUAACAAAAAACAGCUCUCAGUCCCGAAGUAGAAAUAAAAGGUCAGAUUUCUCUGAAGAUGAUGAGCCAGACUAUGCAGAGAGCCUUUACUUCAGAUCAUCCUUGGAACACCACCUCAUUUCUAUUGAAUCCGAGUUUUCUGGAGCUGGAGAAUCUGGCAAUGUGAGGUGCCAUAGUAGUAUUCUGCGUGAUCUUGCAAUGAUGGGCUAUCUCAGUAAAUUGCAGAAAUUUGAUCCUCUGCAGGUUAUUCCAUUGAAUAGUCUAUUGCCUUAUGAGGUGCCUUUCCGCUCUGUUGCAUUGCGUGUGAUCCAUUCCGAUGUCUCACCUUCCCACAUCAUGUACUCUGUUAACGCCAGCUGGGUUGGGCUGUGCUACAUUCUAGAUGAUAUCAGAAGUGAAGAUGAUGGUCCUGUAAUACUAAAUCAGACACCGGUCUGCGAUUGCCUGGGAUUUGGAAUUGUUCGAGGUAUUAAUAUGGAAAGAAAGGUUUACCACAUCCUAACACCUGUUCCGCCUGAGACUCUGCGAUUAGUAAACUGCUUGUUAGUUGGGAACAUUUCCAUACCACAUGCUAUCUUCAAGAACCAGCGUGGAAUUAAAGGAGAAAUUCCAUAUGUGACUGCGGAAUAUGACUUUAACAUUUGCGGAUCUGGAAAGAUGAAGAUAAACAAGAAGUUAAAGAGGCGCGAGCAUCAAUAAUUUCCUUAGUAUGUUACUUCUAAUGCGGGCAUCCCAAAUUUGAAAACUGUUUUUACAUUUUUUUUUUUUCCAGUUUUUCUCAGCAAAUGAACAGCUUUGCUAUGUAAAUAUUUGUUUUCUACAUAAAGAUUUCAAGUUUUUUUUUU